AUGACAACUGUAAACAUUAAUGAGUCCAAUCCAUUGUUGGAGGACGCAGCAUUUGUGGAAUAUGUGGAGGCAGAACAAGAUGAAGGGUCUGCUAUAGUGGAUCAAGACGAUGAAGAAGUUUUAUGGAUUAAAGAACAUGAAGAAUUAAAUAAAUCAAAACAUUGGUUUUUUAGACCAAGUAUAUUUCAAGUAAUGUUGAUUAUAACUGCUUUAACAGUUAGUACUACCAUAGCAGAAGCAACAAGAACAGUUGUACAAUUUAAAUUAGCAUGCAAUGCUGUAUUAGAUUCUAAUAAUAUUUGUGAUCCAAUUAAUACUCAAAUUUUAAUUUCAAAUUUUUCUCAAUAUGCAACUGUUGGUUCAACUAUAUUAUCAUUAUUAGUAAUGACUAAAUUUGCUUCAUUAUCUGAUAUUUAUGGUAGAAAAAUUUUUCUUGUUGCAAAUGUUAUAUUUUAUUUUAUUUCAAAUGCUUCAAUGUAUUAUUUAUAUCAUUAUCAAACAUUUCAAUUCAAGAGUUUAUUAUUAGCAUCAUUAGUUUCUUCACUUGGAGGUGGAUAUAUGGUUAUUAGUACUUUAGUUGAAACUUGUUUAUCCGAUUUAAUUACAAAUACUUCAGCAUUAGCUCCAGUAUUAGCUCAAUGUAGUGCUAUUACAAGUUUAGGACAAUUUAUUGCACCCUUAUUGGGAAAAAUGAUAGGUUCAUGGCAUGCUAAAAAAUCACCAAUUCAUAUAAUGGGAAUCACUAAAAGUUCAAAAGUAACUGAAAAUGAAUUUUUUUUAUUAAAAAUUCAAUUAAUUAUUGAAUUUAUAAUGUGCUUAUAUGUUGUAUUCAUAUUUUCAGAGACUAGAAAUCCUAAAUCAUUACAAAAAUCAAGAACAAAUUCAAUAAUUUCAAGAAGAUCAUCAAGUAUAAAUUUAAAUACUAAUACAAAUUAUGUCACCAAAGUUAGAGACUAUUUCAAGGAUUUUUCACCAAUUAAAAUUAUCUUAUAUCCAUCAAGUCCUCGUGCUAAAUUCACUGUUGCUUCAAUGGUUUUCAUAUUAGUUUUUUAUAUUGCAUUAAUGAUUUCAAUUUCACAAGUUCUUGUAAAUUAUGUAAUUUUAAAAUUUGAUUUUGGUGAUGAUAUUGCAUAUAUAAUUUCAUUAAUGUCAAUAACAAAAGUAUUUGCAUUAAUGGUAGUACUUCCAGUACUUCAAAAUUAUGUACUCAAGAAAUGGCUUAAUUUUAAAAUUUCAAAUACUCAACCAGAUUCAAUCGAUUUUUCAUUAAUGUCGUUUGGAUUAACUAUUGAUAUUUUGGUUUUUGCUAUAUUAUAUCAAGCAAAAUCUAAAGUUGAUGUUUAUACAUCACUUAGUGUUUUUGCAUUAGGUUCAAUGUUAACCCCAGUUUUGAGUGCUUCAGCUUUGAAAUUUUUCCCAAAAAGUAUGACUGGUACAUUUUAUGGAGCUAUUGGUAUAUUAAUUAAUUGUGCAACUAUUCUUGGUCCAAUACUUGUUAUGAACUUGUAUAAAUAUUCAUUAAAAAUUCAUUGGGAUAAUCUUGUAUUUCUAGUUGCUUCAUUACUUAUUGCUUCACUUUUGGUAUUGCUUGUAUCUUGUAAAAUUGUAUUAGGUAAUGGUGAUUAUGAAAGACUUAGAAGUAAUUUAAGAGGUGCUUAA